CGCAGCGCGAAGGCGGGCGGGCGGGCGCGGGGCAUGGUCCCGGUGCCGGUGCCGGCGGCGGCGGCGCGGAGCGGGAGCGGGCGCGGAGCGGAGCGGAGGUGGCAUGCGGCGCGGAGACAUGCGGCUCUGCCUGCGCGCUGCCGCCCCGCCGACAUGGACCGCCGCCGCCUGCCGCCGCUGCUGCCGCUGCUCUGCGCUGCUGCCCUCGGCGCCGCCGGGCGUCUGAGCGCCCGCCCCGGCAACGAAGUUAAUCUGCUGGAUUCAAAAACAAUUCAAGGGGAGCUGGGCUGGAUCUCCUACCCGUCACAUGGGUGGGAAGAGAUCAGUGGUGUUGAUGAGCAUUAUACUCCAAUCAGAACUUACCAGGUGUGCAAUGUUAUGGAUCACAGUCAAAACAAUUGGCUGCGAACAAACUGGAUUCCACGCAACUCAGCUCAGAAGAUAUAUGUGGAACUCAAGUUUACCUUGAGGGACUGCAAUAGUAUUCCUCUAGUUCUGGGCACUUGCAAAGAGACUUUCAAUCUGUAUUACAUGGAAUCUGAUGACGACCAUUCGGUAAAGUUCAGAGAACAUCAGUUUACAAAGAUCGACACCAUUGCAGCUGAUGAGAGCUUCACCCAAAUGGAUCUUGGGGACCGAAUUCUCAAGCUGAAUACAGAAGUCCGUGAGGUGGGGCCUGUUAGUAGGAAAGGCUUUUACUUGGCUUUUCAAGAUGUAGGUGCGUGUGUUGCCUUAGUCUCGGUGCGAGUGUACUUCAAAAAGUGCCCUUUCACUGUCAAGAACCUCGCCGUGUUUCCAGAUACAGUUCCCAUGGACUCCCAGUCACUGGUGGAGGUGCGGGGUUCUUGUGUCAACCAUUCCAAGGAGGAAGAGCCACCCAAGAUGUACUGCAGUACAGAAGGAGAAUGGCUAGUGCCCAUAGGGAAGUGCUUGUGUAAUGCUGGCUAUGAAGAAAGAGGCUUUGCCUGCCAAGCCUGUCGACCUGGGUUCUACAAAGCCUCUGCUGGCAACGUGAAAUGUGCUAAGUGUCCACCUCACAGCUCUACCUAUGAAGACGCGUCUCUGAACUGCAGGUGUGAAAAGAAUUACUUUCGCUCUGAGAAAGACCCUCCAUCCAUGGCUUGCACCAGACCACCCUCUGCUCCAAGAAACGUUAUCUCUAACAUCAACGAGACGUCUGUUAUCCUGGACUGGAGCUGGCCCCUUGACACAGGAGGUCGGAAAGAUGUCACUUUCAACAUCAUUUGCAAAAAAUGUGGAGGAAGCAGCAAGCUGUGUGAGCCGUGUAGUGACAAUGUGCGGUUCUUACCCAGUCAAACUGGCCUCACCAACACCACGGUGACAGUAGUGGACCUUUUGGCACAUACUAAUUACACUUUUGAGAUUGAUGCAGUCAAUGGGGUAUCCGACUUGAGUACACUUUCCAGACAGUUUGCUGCUGUCAGCAUCACGACUAAUCAGGCUGCUCCGUCCCCCAUCACGGUAAUAAGGAAGGACCGGACGUCCAGGAACAGCGUGUCUCUGUCUUGGCAGGAACCUGAGCAUCCAAAUGGGAUCAUCUUGGACUAUGAGGUCAAAUACUACGAAAAGCAGGAGCAAGAGACAAGCUAUACUAUUCUGAGAGCUAAGGGCACCAACGUUACUAUCAGUGGCCUCAAACCUGAUACCACCUACGUCUUCCAAAUUCGAGCCCGAACUGCAGCUGGAUAUGGGACAAACAGCCGCAAGUUUGAAUUUGAAACCAGUCCAGAUUCAUUCUCCAUUUCCAGUGAGAAUAGCCAGGUGGUAAUGAUUGCCAUUUCAGCCGCAGUUGCCAUCAUUCUCCUUACAGUUGUGGUGUACGUCCUGAUUGGGAGAUUCUGUGGAUACAAGAAGUCUAAACAUGGUGCUGAUGAGAAAAGACUACAUUUUGGGAACGGCCAUUUAAAACUCCCAGGCCUGCGAACUUACGUAGAUCCACAUACAUAUGAAGAUCCCAAUCAAGCUGUACAUGAAUUUGCCAAGGAACUAGAUGCUUCCAAUAUAUCAAUUGAUAAAGUUGUUGGAGCAGGGGAAUUUGGAGAAGUGUGCAGUGGGCGCCUAAAGCUGCCUUCUAAAAAGGAAAUUUCAGUGGCUAUCAAAACCCUGAAAGUUGGCUACACAGAAAAACAGAGGAGGGAUUUCCUGGGAGAAGCAAGCAUCAUGGGACAAUUUGACCACCCUAAUAUCAUUCGACUGGAGGGCGUUGUCACUAAAAGUAAACCAGUUAUGAUUGUUACUGAAUAUAUGGAAAAUGGUUCCUUGGACAGCUUUCUGCGGAAACACGAUGCCCAGUUCACAGUCAUUCAACUAGUAGGCAUGCUUCGGGGGAUCGCAUCUGGCAUGAAAUAUUUGUCAGAUAUGGGUUACGUCCAUCGAGAUCUAGCUGCUCGUAAUAUCCUCAUCAAUAGCAACUUGGUGUGCAAAGUCUCCGAUUUUGGUCUUUCUCGUGUGCUGGAAGAUGACCCCGAAGCUGCGUACACAACAAGGGGGGGCAAGAUUCCUAUCCGAUGGACAUCACCAGAAGCCAUAGCAUACCGGAAGUUCACAUCAGCCAGUGAUGCGUGGAGCUAUGGGAUUGUUCUCUGGGAGGUGAUGUCUUACGGAGAAAGACCAUACUGGGAGAUGUCCAACCAGGAUGUAAUUAAGGCUGUUGAUGAAGGGUACCGCUUGCCACCACCUAUGGACUGCCCAGCUGCCUUGUAUCAGCUGAUGCUGGACUGCUGGCAGAAAGACAGAAACAACAGACCCAAGUUCGAGCAGAUUGUCAGCAUCCUGGAUAAACUGAUCCGUAAUCCCAGCAGUCUGAAAAUAAUCACCAACGCGGCAGCAAGGCCAUCAAAUCUUCUCCUGGACCAAAGUAACGUUGACAUUGCAGCCUUCCGCUCAACAGGUGAUUGGCUCAAUGGUUUUCGGACAGGACAGUGCAAAGACAUUUUCACGGGCGUGGAGUACAGCUCCUGUGACACAAUAGCCAAGAUUUCCACAGAGGACACGAAGAAAAUCGGCGUUACUGUUGUGGGGCCUCAAAAGAAGAUUGUCAGCAGCAUCAAAGCUCUAGAAACUCAUACAAAGACCAGCCCCGUUCCUGUGUAAGGUACCAAAAUGAUGUUGCUGAGGACAGAAAGAAAAAAAAGAAAAGUUGCAUCUAAGGGCAAAAGUGAUGGCUGAUAAACGGAACCGUUUAAAGGACUUCUUUGCAACAGCUCUGGAAACAAUGGUUGAAAUUUCAAACCCACUAAGACACUCAAAUACUGAGUAUAAAUGCCUUAAAAUAGGAGCGAACUUGUUUUCUAUCUGUUAAUCCUAAAGGGUGGGUGCUCUUAACUGACUGUUAAUGCAGAUAGUAAAUUUCAAAAAGGAAAAAAAAAGUAAAAAAAAAAAAAAUCCUUCCAAGUAAAAAACAGUGUUACUAAAACAUAGAGCCAUUUUAAUAUUAAGUGACUGAAUAACAUGAAAAACCCAAGGACAUAAAAGCUGUGUAUUUGAUCUAUACAGCAAACAAGAAGAAAGAAAGACUUGCAGUAUUUUUAUACAGAAGAGAUCUGUAACAGGUAUUUUAUUUCUUUAAAUGCAAGGAAAAUAGAGGACUAUACCUCACAACCUGUCUGGCCAUAUUUACUAUAAUGUCAUUGUAACAUGCUAUUUCAACUUCAGAAAGGAAUACAGAAAUAAAGUUUGUAGUGACUUUGAGUUAGUUGACAAAAGAUUUUCACCGUUAUGUUAGCUUCCCUAAUUGUGUUCAUUUAAAUAGAAAAAAAAAGUCUUCAUUUUUAAAAGACUUAUUUAUUUCCUUUUUUUUUUUUUCAAUUAUUGUUUAUAUUUAUGCUUAAAUACCUUAACCUGGCUGUAUUAUUGCCAAGUGCCAAAUGUUAUCAGAACUUCAUUGGUUUAACCUGAGAAACUGUAUGAGGGUUAAUUACUAGAUUAUUUUAUGCUCACAAUAUCACAUAUGAAAUACAAAAGGAAAGAAAGAUGGUCUUUUUUUUCCAGCUCUGACACUAGGCAAAGCAUCUGGACUUGCUGAGAUUCCUUCCCUUUGCAGUAAGUGGUAUUUUAAUCCAGGCUUGAAUUCUGGCAGAAUUGUGUGCCUCUUCAUUUCCUGAUCAAUGCCUGGCCUGUUCAGGCACAUACAUUUCCUUACUUCACAGAGGCCUGGUUUCAUGUCAGGCACAGCAAGGACCACUGCUCACAGAUGCUGUUCAGAUGGGAGAUUUGCCUAGCAAACUUAAAAAGAGUUAGGAAUGACUGCAUCUUGAGUGAACUGAGGGUGCUUUCUGAGGAACAACCCGUUUGUCUUCCAUCUGAUGGGCUCCACUCCCAGUGCUGGUAACUGGGAGUUGUAUGACCAUGCAGACAGCCACUGAGAUGGUGAUUUGCAGCCAAGGUUAGUUGGAUAGCUGGCAAGGAUGAUUUAAGGUCAUGCAAUGGUGAUUUGGUAUGUAAUUUUGCCUAAGUCUGAUCCAGAAUACCUCUGUCCAGCCGCUGUGAUCCUGCAGGGGCCUUGCUUUUUGGCUCAGGUUCCUUGGGAACGUACUUGGUGCCCCAUGGCUGUAGCCAGCCCAGUCUCAACAGGGCUAAAAAGCUCAAAAUCUGUCUCAUGGUGAUUUGAAAGUCCAGAAGCUGCAGCCCUUGCAUGAGUGUGCACUGGUAGGUGUCCUCUUGUAACAAAAAUUGCCAGGCUCCACACAGGAGGAGUAACCUUCUGCAAGGUUAGUCAAGGAGUAAGGCAGGCUGUGGUGUUUUAAAAGAGAAGAGUAAACUCUUUCAGGGAACUGCGUGUUUCCUUGAAAGAAAGCAGGAAGGAGCAUAUCUACAGAAGAGCAUUCACAGUUCCCAGUGGAAAAAUGGGCCUCCAGGAGGGGAUUUGAGUCCUCCCCCAUCUUCAGCAUCUUCCCAAUAGCAAGCUCUUAAGCUCCUGAGCAUGUCAGUCCUGGCUCUGAGCAGACACAGCUCUUUCCUCUGAAACUGAAUGGUUUAAAUCUCAGUGUGAGGCACUUCCAGUGCCAGUUUCUUAAUGUUCUUGAUGUGGUGUCACGCUCUGGCCAUUAUUUUAAACCACCCUGGAUUUCUAGCUUCCCAUCCUUUAGUUUAAACCUCAUUCCGGUGAGUCCCUGGCAGUCCAAGACUGUAGGUGAGGCAGAUGACUGUGUGGCAUGACACCUUGUGCUGUGUGUGCAAAACAAGCUAACUAGCCAUGGUUUUUGUCAUGUUGGCUUGUUUUUGAAGCUCUUUGUAGCUAGUAUAGGGCACAUAAAUAAGGGAGAAAUCAGUUCCUGGGAUUUGUGUGGCUGAAUCAGCUUUUAAAUUGCUCUUCAUGGGUCCAAGACUUAAAAAAUAGAGAGACAGAAUUUAUCACACAUUACUAAAAUAGGAGUAGAAUUAGGGGCAGUGAACAUGCUGUAAAGGAUUGCAUUUGAAAUGCACUCACAGGAUAGUAUUUAGUAAUGUUUUCUGAAAGAAAAAUGAAUGGGUUUUAAAGUAAGUUGAAAUAAAAAAUGAAAAAUGGAAGAAAAUAAGAAGCACUUAAACAGUAGAGAACACUUCGUAUCUACUCCAAUCUAUCUUGACAUACAGCAUGCUAAAUAUAAAAGCUGUAUUUUUAGUUGCUUAGUUCAUUCAGAAUCUUUCUUUUCCUGUUUGAGACUGUCAGACAUUGUCAGUGAAUUUAAGAAUUCACCAAAAUCCAUUUGCUGGCAAUAUGUGUGGGGACAGUAUUUUGUAACAGCUUCCUCGUGACCUUUCUCUUCAGCUUCAUUCUAGGGAGUGGGGGAGAGUGGGAUGGGGUAGGGGGAAGAGAUCUGAGAAAUGCUUCUGAAAACACAGAGCCAGUUCUCAGAGUUUUAGAUUAUGGCUGAAAACUUUACACCAAUCACCCUCCAUUUUCUCAUAGUACCACAUCAUGUUCCUUGCCCACUGUUUGAGCAUGCUCAGCAUAAAACAAAACAAUCUCACUGAUGCUUGGGAAAAAAAAAGAAACUCAAUUUUGCUUUUCUUUGCUCUUAGGAGUAUAGAGUGUUUUAAAAUACAUUUAGUUAUUUCUCCCCAUCAAAAGCUGAUUUGUACUGUAAGUGGCCUCUGUUGCAAGCAUCCUAUACUCCCUUUCCCCGUGUACAUAUGUAUACAUAGCAGUGUACAAUUCUUCAUUGUGGAGUAGAGAUACUAGAAUUUGUGUGGCCAUCUUCCUGUACAGGACUCGCAUUGGUUAUUGACAUCAAGCAAAAUGCAACUGCUCAUAAAAAUGUCAUACCAUAUUAUUGGUUUUGUAUCUUUAAAUAUAGUUUCCAUUUUAUUUAUUUCUGUUAACAUAUCUAGUUUUGUGCUGUUACUUAGCAUUCAAUAAGCAAUGUAUAGAUGUGAUUUGAUUGGCAAUAUGUAUUUACUUUAACUUGUAUUUUAAAGCAUUACUUACUCAUUUAGUUUAUAUAUUGUGCAACUGUAGAUGGCCUCUUACUAAUGUAAAAUGAUUUGUAGUGGAAACAUUUAUAUUUUUAUAAUAAACAUAAUGAAAGUAUUUUUUACAUACUGGAAUACUGAGGUGAUUGCUUGGAAGACAAAGUAAAUUUAUUUGAUUAGAAAAGUGUGAUAAAAUUGUAAUUAAAUAUGGAUAAAUUCUGAGUGUUAAAGCAUGGGUUCAGAGUGAAAGCUAGAUAUUGCCUAUAUUAUCUAUUAAAAGAAACAAGUAGUGCAGGUUUUAAAUAAACAGACCAGCAUUUGUGCUAAGCUGACUUACAUCAGUCAAAGACUUUAUUUCUCCAUGGAUAUAGGAAAGCAUCGUCUACUACAGCCUGCCUAUGGGAUACUGAAAAAGCUGUCUUUUAUUUCAGUUGUGUCAAGUAUUUCCAAACUUCAGCUUUUUUUUUUCUUCCCUUGCCAGUGGACCUCUUUUCAUCUUAUAACUAUGUUGGAUCCAGUAAUAGAUGUACUUUUCAAUGAAAUAAAAAAGCCCACCGCUUACAGUAGUUUAACCCCA